CGUCAAAAUGUUGUUCCAGGUCUCGGUGCUGUGCUUUUUCCUCGCGCUUGUCAUACAGUUCGUGAAGUUCCGCACGAGUCGCUACUACCAGCUGCUGAAGAAGAUACCAGGAGAUAAAGGAGUCCCGCUGCUGGGAAACCUCUUGGAAGCUUUCACGAAUGUCAACAGACUGGUGGAACGCGGAAUAGAGUUGCAGCAAACAUACGGCUCUACGUUCGCCGUGUGGGGAGGAACAAUUUCGGGUGUGUUUCUGUGCGAUCCUCGAGACAUCGAGAUAGCACUGAAUAAGAGCUCCGCCCUCGCAAAGCCGCGGCCGUACAAGGAGCUCGAACUGUACCUCGGGUAUAGCUUGAUAACCGCUGAUCCAACGGACUGGAAGAGGUUCCACAAGAUCAUAACUCCUGCUUUCGGCCUUCCCACCUUAAAGAGCUUCAUACCGGUCUUCAACGAGAAGAGCAAAAUACUAGUGGAAGUGCUCAAAAGACACGAAGAUGGCCAGCCAUUCGAGAUGCUCGACUACAUGAUGAUGUGCACUUUGGACAUUGUUACAGAGACUAGUUUAGGAUCCAACAUGAACGUGUUAAAGAAUAAACGGAUGGACAUAGUGAAAAGUUUACAAGCCGCAGAAGACGUGAUAUACUACGUUCUAUUUCGGCCUUGGUAUUGGACACCUGCCCUGAUAAAAUCGACAUCCACCUACAAGAAAAUGGUGAACGGUGUUAAAGGUAUGUGGGACUACGCCUACUACAUAAUCAAGCAGAAACUUGCAGACUGCUCGCGGGAAAGUAACUCCUGUCGGGCGGUGAAAACCGUCGGGGAGAUAUCUGACGAAUCACUGGACGUGGAGAAGAAACGCCUCGGGUUCUUGGAUCACGUGAUUUGUGGCCUAAACGAUGGUUCAACUUUGCUGAAUCAAGUCGAGAUCAAGGACAACACCAUCACAGUUAUCGUGGGUGGAAUGGGCACAGGAAGUUUAGUCAUGUCGGCUGCACUCAUGCUGUUGGGUUUACACCGGGACGUUCAGGAAAAGGUCGUGAAGGAGUUGGAGCAAAUAUUCGGCGACGACAUCGACAGGACGGUGACAUACGAAGAUCUCAAGCAGAUGGUGUACCUCGAGCAAGUCAUCAACGAGACCAUGAGGCUUUACCCACCUGCACCUCUUACUGGCCGGGAAGUCACCGAGGAGAUUAAACUUACCAAGUAUACUCUACCAGCUGGGACUUACAUCGCCAUACCUGUCCUGCUGAUUCAUCGCAACCCCGAAUACUUUCCUGAUCCCAACAGAUUCUACCCGGACCGCUUCAGUCCUGAGAAUAGUGCCAACAGACAUCCGUUUAGCUUCAUUCCGUUCCUGGGAGGUCGCAGGAUGUGCAUAGGGAAGAAAUACGCUUACAUGCAGAUGAAGAUCAUCCUGUCCACCGUGCUCCGAAGCUACGAAGUCCUCCCUUGUGGAUCCAGAGAAGAAAUGGAACAACUGCAGUUUAAGAUGACUCUUCACAUGGUAAAUGGUAACAAUGUAAAGAUUGUUCCCAGAAAACGGUAAUUGUUGGUUGCGAGUUUUUCUGAGAAAAUGUUAAAAACAACAUCGAUGGAUUUUAUAUAAUGUUUUUAUUUUUUCGUGACAACAAUCUCAUCUAUACAUUUUGAUUCUUAACUCUUUCACUAUGUUUUAAGUAUAGAUGUCUUUCUGAAACUUUAAUGCAAUUUUAUUAUUUUAAACUAAGAUUAUUAACACAGUCUUCGUAUAUCAGGACUAUAUAUAUAUACCUAUAUAUAUAUCUUAAGACUGAGUAUAUUUUAAUGCAGUGCAAGACAGAUAAUUGUAAGUAGGGAGAGCGUGCCGACUCUGGAACAUAGGCGAGGGGGGAGCGGGGUAAUCCGGGGAUUAUCCCAUUUUUUAUGGUUUUUUAUGGUUUUUUAUGUGCAAAUCCAGUUUUUAUGCGCUAAUCCAAUGGCUAAUCCGCUAAUCCAGUGGCUAAUCCGCUAAUCCGCAAAUCCACAAAUUCGCAAAUCCGCAAAUUCACAAAUCCGCAAAUUCGCAAAUCCGCAAAUCGCAAAUUCGCAAAUCCGCCAUUUUGUAUUUCUAGAAAUUUCCACCAACUUCGAAUCGUGACGUCAUGAUUCUGAGUCGUCUGCUGGAGGCCGCCAUCUUGAUUUUCCUGGUCGCCAUCUUGUUUCGUCUGCUGGAGGCCGCCAGCUUGUGUGACGUCAUAUAGUUCUGUUGGUCGCCACCAGGUAGCAGCAGGUAUUAUUUUAUUUUAACUAAAAUAUUUUCAGUGCCGAGGCUGGGAUUCGAUCCAUGGGACGUGAAAACGUCCAGGAUGUCGUGAUUACGAGGCGGACGCCUUGACCACUAGACCACGAGACCAAUUGGAAUAUGGUGGAAUAAAUAAUCUAUAUAUGCUAUGUACUGACGGCAAGUUUAUGAUAAAUGGGGGGAGGGUGUUUUUGCCUUCCUUAAUGCAUACCUAAGGCGCCACAUUUGAAAUUAAAAAUUAUUAUACAGCCGCCAUCUUUAAUUCCAGCACAGACUACCAGAUGGCGCUAAAUUCAAAAAAUUAGUUGCCAGAGGCGCCGCCAUCUUGGUUCUCAAGUUGGCUGGUAGAUGUCGCUAGUAUCGCGCGGCAAAUUCAAAAAUUAGUUGCCAGAGGCGCCGCCAUCUUGAUUCUCAAGUUGGCUACCAGAGUGUGCCACCGUCGCCAUCUUAAUUCAUAUUUCAGAUGCCAGGGCACAGCACCAUUCGAUAGAUCGAAUGCUAAUCGAUAUAUUUACUUUUAUUUCAUAUUUCAGCUGCCAGGACGCAGCACCAUUCGAUAGGUCGAAUGCUAAUAGAUAUAUUUACUUUUAUUUCAUAUUUCAGCUGCCAGGGCACAGCACCAUUCGAUAGAUCGAAUGCUAAUCGAUAUAUUUACUUAUAUUUCAUAUUUCAGCUGCCAGGGCGCAGCACCAUUCGAUAGGUCGAAUGCUAAUCGAUAUAUUUAGUAACAAGUGUUGCUACCAGAGGGCGCGAUAUUUAAAUUUAAAAAAAUAUUACAACCUUUAAACAAUUCUCCGCCAUAUUGGAUUCAACAGCCCCACCAUCUUGGAAGCACAUGAUACACCCAAGGACUCGUUCCAAUACAUGCACAGAGUGCACCGAAAAGAUUGUUCCCUUACAUGCACAGAGUGCACCAUAUUGAAUGAUCAUGAUAUGUGUUCCUUUAUAUGCAUCAGAAGCAGGCAUAAGAAAUUUUUUCUUAUAGGCAUACUUUAGUGUUAGCUUUCCUGUAAUGCAUUUAAUAAUAGUGUAAGCUCAUUAUUAUUAUUUAGUGAUAGUGAAUUUAUAACUAUGAUGUGUAGUCUCAUUCUCUUCAUCUCGACGUGGCGGAAGAUUCUCUGGAGUGUAAGCUGAAAAAAAAAAAAAACUUGUGUUUGAAUUUAUAGUGGUAUGCUGCUUUCCACAUCACCUUAGAGACUAUGUCUCAGGAGGUACAGCAUUAGAUGCGUUAACUCCUUUUUUUUAUACAUGGCGAGUUUCCCCGAGAGGCCUAUUUUCCAUGUUUAACAAGGGCGCAAGCAUUAUGCUUCACCGUCACUCUCUCCGAAGCCGCUGUCCACUCCAUCA